CUUCCCUUCCUGCAGUCACCCAAGCGAUCGAUCGAUCUCUCUCUCUCUCUCUCUCUCUCUGGCCACAACCAUGAAGCGCGCGAUCGACGACGUCGCUUCCGGCGCCGCCGCCGCCGCGGGCGCCGCCAAGCCGAUGUUCCUCACCAAGGCCGAGCGCGAGAAGCUCGCCCUACAGCGCCGCCAGGACGAGGUGGCCGCCCAGAGGCGCCGACAGGAGCAGCUCCUCCUCUCCCAGGACGGCGGCAUCCCCCCCUCCUCCUCCGACCAGAAGCCCUCCGAUCCCGACCCCCGCGACCGCGACCGAGACCGCGACAGGGAGCGGGACCGACCGCGCGACCGGGAACGGGAGCGCGACCGCGAGCGAGAGCGGGAGCGGGAGCGGGAGCGGGAUCGGCGGGAGCGAGAUCGUGAGUCCGAGAGGAGGAACCGUGAGAGGGAGCGGGAGGAGGAGGCGAAGGCCCGCGAGCGCGCACGGCUGGAGAAGCUGGCGGAGAGGGAGCGGGAGAAGGAGCUCGACGCCAUAAAGGAGCAGUACCUGGGGUCGAAGAAGCCUAAGAAGCGGGUCAUCAAGCCAAGCGAGAAGUUCAGGUUCUCGUUCGAUUGGGAGAACACCGAGGACACCUCCCGGGACAUGAACGCACUCUACCAGAACCCUCACGAGGCGCAGCUGCUGUUUGGGCGAGGGUUCCGCGCCGGCAUGGAUCGCAGGGAGCAGAAGAAGCUUGCGGCGAAGAACGAGAAGGAGCUCCGUGAGGAGAUUCGCCGGAAGGAAGGGGUUGAGGAGAAGCCCGAGGAGGCCCUCGCGCAGAAGCAGAGAGAGGAGGCUGCGGAUGUGUAUGAUACGUUUGAUAUGAGGGUUGAUAGGCAUUGGACGGAGAAGAAGCUCGAGGAGAUGACGGAGAGAGAUUGGAGGAUCUUCAGGGAAGAUUUCAAUAUCUCCUACAAAGGGUCUAAGAUACCUAGGCCUAUGCGGAGCUGGGUAGAGAGUAAAUUGAGCUCUGAGCUUCUGAAGGCUGUGGAGAGAGCAGGGUACAAGACGCCUUCUCCUAUUCAGAUGGCUGCAAUUCCUCUUGGGUUGCAGCAACGCGAUGUCAUUGGCAUUGCGGAGACCGGGUCUGGUAAGACUUGUGCUUUUGUGCUCCCUAUGUUAACUUACAUUUCAAGAUUACCUCCACUGACUGAGGAGAAUGAGGCCGAAGGGCCUUACGCUGUUGUGAUGGCACCGACCCGUGAACUCGCUCAACAAAUCGAGGAGGAGACUAUGAAGUUCGCCCAUUAUAUGGGGAUUAAGGUGGUUUCAAUUGUUGGUGGGCAGUCAAUUGAGGAGCAGGGGUUUAGGAUCAGGAAUGGUUGUGAGGUUGUGAUAGCAACACCAGGGCGUUUGAUUGAUUGUCUGGAGAGGCGUUAUGUUGUUCUUAACCAGUGUAACUAUGUUGUUCUUGAUGAGGCUGAUAGGAUGAUUGAUAUGGGUUUCGAGCCACAAGUUGUGGGCGUGUUGGACGCCAUGCCGUCCAGUAAUUUUAAGCCUGAGAAUGAGGAUGAGGAGCUCGAUGAGAAGAAGAUUUAUCGCACUACUUAUAUGUUUAGUGCUACGAUGCCGCCUGCUGUGGAGCGGCUCGCAAGGAAGUAUUUGAGAAAUCCUGUAGUGGUUACAAUAGGUACCGCUGGAAAAACUACUGACUUGAUAUCUCAACAUGUGAUGAUGAUGAAGGCAUCGGAGAAGUUUCACAGGUUACAGAAGUUGCUUGAUGAACUUGGCGACAAGACAGCUAUUGUCUUUGUUAACACUAAGAAGAACGCAGAUACAGUUGCUAAGAAUCUGGAUAGGGCAGGCUACAAAGUGACUACUUUGCAUGGUGGUAAGUCUCAGGAACAAAGAGAGAUAAGCCUGGAAGGUUUUAGAUCCAAGAGAUAUACCGUGCUAGUGGCAACAGACGUUGCAGGGCGUGGUAUUGAUAUACCUGAUGUGGCCCAUGUAAUAAAUUAUGAUAUGCCUGGUAACAUAGAAAUGUAUACACAUCGUAUAGGGCGAACAGGUCGUGCUGGUAAGACGGGUGUGGCUACAACAUUCCUGACUCUAGGCGACACAGAUGUCUUUUAUGAUCUGAAGCAGAUGCUUAUUCAAAGUAACAGUCCAGUGCCUCCUGAGCUGGCGAGGCAUGAGGCUUCAAAAUUCAAGCCGGGAUCAAUUCCUGACAGACCUCCUAGACGAAAUGACACCGUUUUUGCUCACUAAUCAAGCCGAGUUAUUGCAAGAUAGUUCCUAGUAUAGGGUCUAGUUAUUGUUCCUUGCACUGUGCAAUGCUCUUUUUCCAAAUGAAGAAUUCAGUAUACUAUUUGAUAAGUGGGAUCAGUCCAAAUUUGUGCAGGUAUCAGUGCACUGAGAGUGGUAAUUGAUGUUAUUUUUGUUAGAAACAUUGUAUUUGGAGCAUUGUUAUUACAGCAGCAAUUAGCUACUGCAUCAUUUCACUAGUUAUAGCAUAUGGAGGUUUUA